ACUGUCAUCUGCACAACAGGUCCGCAAUCUGAUGGGCCUCAGCUGCCAUCCCUUCGCAGAGUGGAGCGAAGCCGUGCUUCGCAAAGUGCGCCCGCACUUGGUGGAGCUGUCGGUGCGCGCAGCGACCCUGAAGCACCUUCGCGUCAUCCGAGACAUGUCCUCCCUGCGCAAGCUGGACUUGGACAUCGGAGACACGGCUGGAGAGGAAGUCCCCACUCUGCCGCUGCAGCUCGAGGAACUCACGAUGAACGAAUUCACCGGGGGCCACCUCCAGUCCAUCCAGUGGAUGCCUAACCUGCGGAGGCUGCAUCUGAUGGGGUACAGCGAGGAUGAGCUGGAGUUCACGGCCAUGCCGGAGCACUGCGGUCUCCAGUACAUUGACGUGGCCAUCUCCAGCGACCCCACCACGCUCUCGCUGGUUCGCGCCAACCGCGCCACUCUGAGCGAGCUGCAGGUGUACUGCGCCACGCGGCCGGGCCACUGCUUCAUCAACAACCUGUCCGCGAGUCUGCACCAGUGCGGCGCCAACGGCCUCAGGAGGCUCACGCUCCGCCGCAACCCCUGGCACCACGACCUGCGGAACUGUCGGCUGCAGCUGGAGGCCUUCAGGGCGCGCUUUGGGCCCGGCGUGGGUGUGCAGUGCAGCUUGUGCGUCGACGAGUAGACUUGCAGUGCAGUACCUUGUGCGUCAACGCGUGGAACCACUGCCGACACACUAAGUUUUAUGGACUUUUUAAAUGCAUGCAUUUUAUAUUCAUAUUUAUGCAUGCGCAGAUACGUCCAUAAGGUACGUAUAAUAUUUUGCAUCACUGAGUACAUUUUAUGCAUCUUCCUCCAUAAAAUGUACACAGUGAUGCGUAAUAUUAUACAUAGGGGACCUUAUGGACGUAUCUGUGCAUGCAUGCAUGCAUGCAUGCAUGCAUAACUAUGCAUUAAAAAGUCCAUAAGUAUUUAGUAUUGAUGCAGUGGAGUGGCGCUGUCGUUUCGGUCUCUCGGAAAGUAGAAUUUAUCAUUUCGCUGAAUAGCAUCAAUCCCUCAAAUUGGCUAAUGCACCGCAAGUAGGUUCGCAUUGGCCAAUCAGAAGCGGCUUCAUCUAGGGUUCUGGUUGGUGCAACCCUAACACUGGUGCAUUUUCUUUCUCGAGGGAUCCAAGAAGUCUAGGGUGUGAGAGGCGGAUUCGAUCUCUGCUGGAUAUUUGCGUCAUGCAUGUGACAGCAUUCUGGUGUAAUGAGUUUUGUUCGUGGACUUUGGCAUUUUCUUGCCGAUAGUUUUGAUUUACUUGUUUUCCUUUGUAACUUUUUGUUGGUCCAUGGAUUUCUGUGUCGAUUCUGCAGUAGAAAUAAAGUAAAAAUAGAGCUCCACAGCAGUGAGUUUAUUCCUCUAUGUUUUAUGUUGAAGAAUUCACACACAUACUUGAUUAACCGACAGUGUGGUUACUACUGUAUUUCUCAAAUGGCGCGACAGUGUUGCCAGACGUACCACCUUGGUGGUACAUGUACCACUAUUACGAGCCCCGUACCACCGUACCAUCACCGAGCGAUUCCGUACCACCUUUUCCGGGAAAACACCGGAUUAGGUCCGCACGCAGGCAAUUGGAACUUUUCGGGCGCCUGGGUCGGGUUGUCGUCCCCCAGAAGUCGAACAUGUAAUCCUUUGCCUGCGUUCGUGACCUAUUCCAAGGAACGGGGCCCUGGUCGGACAGGUCGGGCGCGGGAAACUGAAAGUGCAGUGCCACUUUUGGGCCCCGCCCGAGGCACGCGGGCAACAAAACGGGCCUGCUUGCUUGUACACCAGCCGGAGGAGCCGCCGCUGACUUCUUCAGAAUUCUCAAUUUGGCCAAAUUCUAAACUCCCGAUGUUUACGCCUAGCGUUAAUUUUUAGCCCCCCCCCCCUUUCCGUACCACCAUACGGCUCCAAUGUACCACCUUUCCCCCACCCCUCGCGUACCACCGAAGAGCCCCGAAGUACCACCUUUUCCCCCUCCCCGUACCACCGAGCGCUGUUCGGCUUCUGGCAACGCUGGUCGGCGCACUUUGGCGCGCACUGUGCUUGUGGCGUCGGAUCCUUACUUCUAUUUAUUUUUCUGUUAACUAUAGUAAAUUCAUUUCUCCAAAGAAAAGAAACCACGCACGAAGAUGUUCAGUUCUCAGGUGCACCAAUAAGAAGAAUACUUCAAAGCCUGGUGCAGGCUUAUUUCGUGUUUCAAUCCAAAUCAGAAAGUGCCGGUGCUCUUUGCGGAAACCUUGACCCACUGGAGUUGCCCAAGAUUCUGGAACGAUAACCUGCACCACUAUGCAAUUGCAUGUGGAACAAGAACUGACUCCUGUGCUUCAGUGUCAAAUUAAGUGAAUUUCCUGCGACAGAGCAAAGUAAGCAUGACACCUUGGAAUCAGUGCUAAUUGAAUUUCUUUCAGUCAUUUUGGCUUAUUUUUUAAUCAAGGGGUGUUACAGUUAUGGUUGCUGUAUUUUCUUUUCAGUCCAACUGAGAUUCCUCUUUUAAAUAUUUUGUUUUUGAGUCCUGUCCACCAUUUUUGUCUCCAUAUUUUCUGUUGUUCGUGACAAGUCCUAUCGUUUGAUUUUUAAUUUAAAAAGGUCAGUGAAUAAAUACAUUUUUCCUAACAGUU